GUGUGUUUACAGACUGCCGGACACUUGGAGAUCCCGUUUGCAGAGUGCAUGUGGACUGUCAGCCUGUUGGAUUACACCAUGUGGAAGGGCUCCGAAGCUUUGCGGCUGUACGGACGCACACAUUUAAGAAGAUGACAGCUUUGGUGUUCAACCUGAUGGGUUCGGGGACUUCUCAGAAAGCAACAUUAAGUGUUUACACGGCAGAAAUGUCCGCAACCGUAAAUCCAACCAUUCCCUCCUUGCAGAUGACAUCGGAUCAACUCACCGUGGUCGCUGCGUGUUUUUCCUCCCUAGUGUUUUUUGUUGUGAUUGCGGUGCUCCUGUCCAUCAUUUACCGCAAGGAUCCUCAGUGCUGCAGAUUGUGCUCCUAUCAGGGGCCGCAUGCAGAUACGGAUGCUCCUCCUCAGUUCUACAGCAGCAGACAGACACUGGUGGGAUCACCUUGUUUAGAGCAGACGCGCUUUCCAGCUGCCAGCGUCACUGAUGGGAGUCAGCUGUUCUAUGUCGGCCUGCCCUCCAGCUACAGUCUGCCCUCUCUGGAGGCCCCCCUGCCUCGGCUGCCCUCCUACGAAAGUGUCCGAAAAAAGGAUCGCCAGAGGCAGAUCCACAUGAUGAUCGCAGACCGCUUUGGCCUCAAUGGGCCCAUUGAGACGGAGCCACCUCCAUCAUAUGAGGAGAGUGUCCGUCAGUCUGUGGAGCUUCCAUACCACAUCCUCUCACCGAGUUUGGAUGCUUCGCCCACGCUGAGUGACCACACCACCUCUGCACCUGCUGUUCAAAACGAGGCACCUCGUCCAGACAACUCUGAGAGCAGCGACAAUGUUCUUCCUGUAUGAUACUAACUGAGUCCGGAAGACGUUUGAUGAAUGAGAAGAACUGGACAAAUGGGUGGAAUUUAAAAACCAUAAAACGGUUUGGAACAUUCAUCACAAAUGUGCUGAUUGAAAUACCUCAAGGCUGACUUUGGGAUAUGAGGAGCUGGGCAACCAAAGAAGAGCUGCAAACAUUUUUGUGCAACACACCGUGAAAAAGACUUAAUGAUGCUGGUACAACUUGAAUAGGAUGGUGAAAUAGAGACUGCAUGAAAACUGUGACCCGAAGGACUGAAAAUGCCAAAAAAGGAGUGUUGGGUGGGGAUUUUUUGGCUCAUAAAAGUAUUGUGUCUGUGAAAGUUAGUUUUAGCUUUGCUGUUUGUGCAGUGCAAAAAAAAACAUUUUUUUUCUGA